AUGGCUGUUGACAAAUCACUUUGUGACCUUGGAGCAAGCAUUAACCUAAUGCCCCUUACCAUGAUGAAGAAAAUGAUGAUUGAAGAGCUUAAACCCACAAGGAUGUCACUUCAACUUGCUGACAGAUCCAUCAAAGUGCCAAAUGGAGUAGUUGAGAACCUCUUGGUGAAGGUGGGAAACUUUAUAUUCCCAGCUGAUUUUGUGGUCCUAGACAUGGAUGAAGAGGGAAACAAUUCAGUCAUUCUUGGUAGACCCUUUUUGGCUACAGCUAGAACAAUCAUUGAUGUGGAAAAAGGAGAGAUAAUUUUUAGAGUGCAUGAUGAACAGAUGACCAUAAAUGUCUUCAAAGCAAUCAACACCCUGUUGAGAAAGAAAGUUGCAUGA